AUGCAUCUCAACACAGCCACCUUCCCCGCGCUCAUCAGGCAAGGCGUGGACGCCCACGAUCGUUGCCCAAAGCCACUCGCAAGUGCACAGCACCUACCUGCCUCGAUGGAUGGUCUGAGUGUUGCGGCGAGCGUUAUUGCCGUUGUUGAUGUGUCAGUGAAGGUCAUUACUCUAUGUUCACAGUACUCCAAAGCAGUCGCAAAUGCCUCUGCCGAUAUAUCCCGCCUCGAAAAGCUGCUAAAGGGCUUGAAGACGACGCUGGACCACGCCGAAGCUCUCAUCAAAGCACCGCAAGGUGCAUCGCUGUCUACGUCGCAGAAUCUGCAAGAGCAGCUCACGGCAUGUCAUUCUACACUUCAGAAGCUGCACGACAAGCUCGAUGGGGGCGUCGCUCGUCAGACCAAACACCGGCUUUGGACCCGAGCCCUCAAGUGGCCAUUCAGCCGUGAUGAAAUAGAUUCCAUGGUGUCUACCCUUGAGCACUGUCAUCGCAGAAUCAUGGACGGGCUACUGAUAGAUCAAACCACUUUGCUUCUUCAUAUCAAAAGUGGUGUCGACGGCGUCUCUGCAAUGAGUGAAGAUGUGUCUACAGCUCGACAGCCUCGUUUUUUUGUACCUUUCCCUCGGGAUCCAGAUUUUGUUCCACGACCCGCCAUUCAGACACAGAUUCACGAGCAACUCGCAGGCAAGUCGAGCCGACAAGCGCUGUUUGGCAUGGGAGGCUUUGGGAAAUCCCAGAUUGCCAUCGAAAUUGCGUACAAUGUCCAUGACUCCAGUCCCGAAAAGAGUGUCUUCUGGAUCCACGGGGCCUCACGGGCGACACUCGAGCAAUCCUAUCGAUCUCUUGCCGACAACCUCGCCCUCCCUCGUCGGCACGAUCCAAAGACCAAUAUUCUAGCGCUUGUCUGUGACUGGUUACAGAGAGAUGAUGUAGCCCCGUGGCUACUUAUUCUCGACAAUGCUGACAACUUCGAUACGUUUUUCAGUCAAACGGAAGAUAUUCCGAUAGCAUCAUACCUUCCAAAGAGCAACAAUGGAAAAACCUUAAUCACGUCGCGAAAUCUGGACGUCGCUGAGAGGCUUACAGGCGGCCAUAAAGCCAUUAUAUCAAUUCCAGCGAUGAAGAGUGACGAGGCACUACUUCUUUUACAGGAGAAGCUCACUUCUAGCUACAACACAGCCACAGCCACAGAUCUUAUUCGCUGCUUGGAUUAUAUUCCGCUUGCUGUUAAUCAGGCCGCUGCAUACAUCAAUCGCCGUCGUAUCUCUAUCCAUGAAUACAUGGAACGUUUCAAGGAAAGCGACAAGAAGAGAAUAGGCCUAUUAAAACAUGAUGGUGGAGAUAUACGACGGCAUGAAAGCGUGUCAAAUUCGGUUGCAAUCACAUGGGAAGUGACUUUCAACCAGAUUCGUCAAGAGAGCCCUGAUGCAGCAAGUUUGCUUUCGCUCUUGAGUUGCUUUCAGCCGCAGAACAUUCCACAUUACAUGUUAUCCGGGUAUACAGAGUGUGAGCAGAGAACAGAAGAUGACGAAAGCGACGAUGAGACACUGGAGAAAGACUUGGAUGUUCUGUUCGCAUACUCGCUCGUUAAGGCAUCCUCAGAACCAGAUCUAUACGAGAUGCAUUCCUUGGUCCAGAUCUGUACGCGGGCUUGGCUCUCUGGACUGGGCCAAGUCGCACGCUGGGGGACGUUAUUUUUGCAUUUAGCAGCGGAACAUUUCCCGAACGGGCUCUUUGAAACAUGGAAUCGAUGUCAGCUGUUACUACCACACAUUGAGAGACUACUGGAGAAGCGACCGGCUGACGAAAGCCAAGGUCUCGAUUGGGGCUUCUUGCUGACGAAUGUUUCGCAGUAUAUGAUUGAGAAAGGUGACUACAAUACGGCCCUGGAUCUUGCCCGGCAAUCAGCAGAGAUUCGAGAGGAGUUACUAGGGCCUAAUCAUUAUAACACACUGAACAGCCUGGACCGCCUGGCGUUCACCUACGGGUGCCAGGGCCGAUGGGUGGAGGAAGAAAAGCUUCAGGUGCGGGUGAUGGAGACUUCCAAGACGAAGCUAGGCGUGGACCAUCUCGACACGCUGAGCAGCAUGAGAAACCUGGCGUCGACAUACCUGUUUCAGGGCCGAUGGGUGAAGGCAGAAAAGCUUCAGGUGCGGCUGAUGGAGACUUCCAAGACGAAGCUAGGCGCGGACCAUCUCGACACGCUGAGCAGCAUGAUCAACUUAGCGGUAACAUAUGGUGAGCAGGGCCGAUGGGAGGAGGCAGAGAGGCUUGAGGUGCAGGUGACGGAGGCUCGCACGGCGAAGCUUGGGGCGGACCAUCCCGAGACGCUGUCCAGCAUGGCCAACUUGGCGGUAACAUAUAGUGACCUGGGCCGAUGGGAGGAGGCGGAGAGGCUCCAGUUGCAGGUGAUCGAAGCUCGCAUAACUAAGCUUGGGGCGGAUCAUCCUGACACACUGUUCGAUAUGAAUAACCUGGCGUCCAUAUAUAGGCACCAGGGCCGGUUAGAGAAGGCGGAGAGGCUUGAGGUGCAGGUGAUGGAGGCUCGCACGACGAAGCUUGGAGCAACACAUCCUCUAACACUGGCCGGCAAAGGCAACUUAGCGGCAACAUAUACGAAGCAAGGCCGAUUGAAAGAGGCAGAGACGCUUGAGGUACAGGUGUUGGAGAGUCGCAAGGCGAAGCUUGGAGCGGACCAUCCCGAUACACUGACCAGCAUGAAUAAUUUGGCUUUCACUCUACAGAGACUUGGUCGACUUCACGAAGCCCUUGAAUUAAUGCAUAGCUGCGUGUGUCUUCGCCAGCAUAUUCUUGGUCAAUCACAUCCGGACACUAAAUUUUCCGAGAAAGCAAUCGCGAGAUGGCAGCAAGGUACAGAGUAG